GAGUACAAGUUGGCUAUAACGCUGGGAACGUCGAGACCCACCACCACCACCACCUCGCAGGCAAAGCGCCCAGAGACUCCUCCCGGCCCACUACUAUCGAUCCCGUUCCUCCGUGACCCAGAUUUUGUCGAUCGUGGGACAGUCCUAAAUCAGCUCCACCAAAGAUCUACUGUACCAGGGUCCAGGACUGCGCUUGUUGGCUUUGGCGGUGUUGGGAAAUCACAGUUUGCAAUUGAAUAUGCAUACCAAACCCACAAGCAAUCUCCUACAACAUGGGUUUUCUGGGUCCAUGCCAGCAACGCGGCCCGGUUCGAGCAGAGCUAUCAUGACAUUGCAGAUACGGUCAAGCUGUUUGGACGGCAGGAUCCCAAAGCUAACAUCUUUAAGCUUGUACAUAACUGGCUGCGAGAUACCAAGAAUGGGAAGUGGGUGAUGAUACUUGACAACGUCGAUGAUGCUGAUUUUCUUGUCAAC